AAGUGAUAGUUGUGCGUUGUAUGCUGUUAGCCAACUUUUUGCAUUUGCUAGCGGGAUUAGCGUUGUUCUUUUUUACCGUUCAUUACAUUUAUUACAUCGUAACAGCACUGUAUCGGUUUUCUGCUAGCGCACAGAUGCAAUCGGAAGAUGCGAAAUACAUCAAAAAACGAUGGAAGGGUGGAACUGUCGAACCUCACCCCACCGAAAAAGCUCUUAUUGUGAAUUACAAGCUGGAAGCUGCUGUCUUCGGUGACCCUGGAGAUCCAAUGUUGGAGGACAAAAAGGACUGUCAACGGAUCAUACGGUUAAAGUCAUUAAAUUCAAAAACAGAUCCCGCCGUACUCGCUCGAGAAGUGGUAGAAAAGUGUGACCUGAUACACAAAUCUCAGCUCUGCGACAUUGAGCAAAUUAUCUACUACUUGAAGAAUCGCAAAGUGGUGGAAACACCUGUCGUUGGCACUGGCCACCAACGGUCCGUUUCGCGUAUUUCCGAUAAACCAAGCUCCACCAUAGACACGGAAAAGGCUUCAAUCAGAAAUGUUGACGAUUAUAUCGAGUUGCUUUACGAGGAUUUAGCCGAGAAGGUGAAGGGUUCCCGGCUUAUACUGCAGUUGGCGCGUGAUCCAGAUAAUUUGGAAGAACUGGAAAAGAAUGAAGCGGUACUCAGUGCGCUUUCCCGCGUGCUACGUGAAGACUGGCGACGCUCACUGGAUCUUUCGACCAAUAUCAUUUACAUCUUCUUUUGCUUUUCUACCUACACCAACUUCCAUUCGGUCAUAGUGAAUUAUAAGAUUGGUUCGCUCUGCAUGGAUGUGAUCGAUUACGAGUUGCGCCGUUACGAUCAGAUGAAGCAUGACAUUGAUGCGCGCAAAAGCAUGUCCGCAAGCUUCAGCAAUGGUAAUGUGAAGGAAAAGGAUAUUGAAACCGUUGGUGUGAAGAGUAGUAACGAACAGCUGGAUACAAUUAUCGAUCAGGAAAAGCCAAAAGAGAUGGAACCACCCAGAAGGCGUAUACCGGAACUGAAGCAACGCCCAAAAUCGGGCAACUGGAGCAGCAAUCUCAGUGGUAGUGGCAUCAGUUUGAACAGCCCGCUAACCAAAGCACACUCCAUGAAUAACAGCUACCACGAGCAGCUGACAAAUGAAUCUAGUCCUACCAAUCAUGGUUUCACCAGUCCAAUCGCUAGCUCUAACUCGACCGAAUCGAUGAAUGCUACCGAUCCUCGCAAGCUAAAAGACGACUACGACAAGAUCAACAAACAGUUCAAACUGUUUGUCCGUAAGCAGGAACAGCUGCUGCGUGUUGCUUUCUACUUGCUACUUAACAUAGCCGAGAACGUAAAGCUGGAGGAAAAGAUGCGCAAGAAAAACAUCGUGAAAAUGCUACUGACCGCACUGGAGCGGCAGAAUUUUGACCUGCUCGUGUUGGUGGUUACGUUCCUGAAGAAGCUCUCCAUCGUGCUGGACAACAAGGAGGAAAUGUACGAACUUAACAUCGUGGAAAAGCUGCCCCGGUUGCUUCAAUCUCAGAAGGAUCUCGUGCAGAUGACGCUGAAGCUGCUGUUUAACCUGUCGUUCGAUGCGCGCUUGCGGGCGAAAAUGAUACGCGUCGGACUGCUGCCGAAGCUCGUCACCUUUCUCAGCGACGAUAAACAUCACGGCAUAGUGACGAAGAUUCUGUACCACAUGAGCCUGGACGAUAAGGUAAAGUCCAUGUUUACGUACACCGACUGUGUGCCGGUGGUUGUCGAUAUGCUGCUGCUGAAUCUGAACCAAAAGUCUGACCCGGAUCUUAUCGCGCUCGGUAUCAAUCUGGCCCUGAACCGGCGCAACGCGGCAAUGAUGAUCGAAAACAAUCGCCUGCACAGUCUGAUGUCGCGUGCAUUUAAAUGUCAAGAUACGCUGAUUAUGAAGAUGAUACGUAACAUCUCACUGCAUGAUACGCUGCGACCGCACUUUGUGGAUUUUGUGGGCGAUCUCGCUAAAAUUUUAACCGAGUGUGACGAAGAAGAAUUUUCCGUGGAGUGUCUUGGUAUUUUGGGCAAUUUGGCGCUAGCCGAUUUAGAUUAUUCGCAAAUUAUUCACAACUUCAACCUUAUACCACUUAUUCGAAACAUGCUUGUACCAGGUAAAUACAAGGAUGAUCUGGUUUUAGAGAUGGUUGUUUUCAUUGGCACGUGCGCACUGGAUGAAUCGUGCGCUAUGCUCUUAUGCAAAGCGGAUGUUAUUCUAUCCCUAAUCGAGCUGCUAAAGGCCAAACAGGAAGACGAUGAGAUGGUUCUGCAGAUAGUGUUCGUAUUUCAGCAAGUAUUGCGCCACGAAAGCACACGCUGUUACAUGAUCAAGGACACGGAAUCACCGGCCUAUCUGAUCGAUCUGAUGCACGACAAAAACGAAGAAAUACGGCGUGUUUGUGACGUGUGCCUCGACAUUAUUGCCAUCACCGACAGUGAAUGGGCAUCGAGAAUAACGCUGGAAAAGUUUCGCAACCAUAACAGCCAGUGGCUUAGUAUGGUUGACUCUCAAGAAACGGCUGAUGACAUUCAAACGUACGGUCCGAUUGAGGACGAUGAGGCCGAUCUGCCCACCUACCUUACGUCCGAAUAUCUCGAUCAGCUUUACCUGCUGGGCGGUGAAACGAACGACGAGAACGAUUGCAACAAACAUCGCUCCGGCUCAUCAAUGUCUAAUUACAGUCGUCCCGUCAGUCGAACUCAACUCUAUCCUGCAACUACUUCCAAUCGUUUGGUGUAACUAAGCUAAGCAAGAUGUCUUGGAUCUAUCGCUCAUCCGUGUCGGAAGAUGAAGAAAGAGACGAAUACAACGAUG